AUGUCUUCGGUCCUGGAUCCAACGCCAUCCCGCGUCGCGCCUCGCGGACGCGACCCCUCCACAUCAGUUUGGUAUAAGCUUGGCGUCUUCUCCGCAGCACUUUUCGCUGCCCCCCUCGCUGCGUACUAUGGCGCUAAGGACCGGUAUUUUGGCGGCAAUUCGACGUAUGCAGGUGGUCUCGCUGCAAUCAUCGCCAAUGUCAUUCUCAUUGCUUACGUCGUGAUGGCGUUCCUGGAAGACGAUGGCAGCGGAAGCAAUGACGCAAAGAAGACUGCGGGUGAUAAAAAGACCGAAGUGGGGCACGAGAAGGAGACCAAGAAGGACCGCUGA